UAGGCAGACUCAAUAUGCCGUUGGAAUGAUGUCAUUAUUAUCAUCGACAUAUUAAUGGCAAAAUAUGAUGCUGAUGAACAAGUGUUUGUGUACCAUGGCGUUACUUCACUGCCGUCUGCCAAUGACAGUUGCUGUUAUGCAAAUUACUAGAGGUUAUAUCGAAACCGGAAGAAGAUCUCAGUUAAACAAUUUUGGCGGGACCUGUGCCAGGCGUACUCUCUUCCCAAACACUAUCGAAAGACACCGUAAAAUGAAACGAGGUGCUCUGAUCGUCUUUGAAGGGGGAGACCACAGUGGGAAAACAACGCAAUGCACCAAACUCAUUCAGGCGUUAACCUCUAAAGGAAAAAAUGUAAAGCUGUUAAAGUACCCAGACAGAACUUCUACCAUUGGCCAGAUGAUAAACAACUACCUUGGCAAGAAAUGUGAAAUAGAAGACCAUUCCAUCCAUCUUUUGUUCUCAGCCAACAGAUGGGAAAAAGAACCAAUCAUGAUGGAACUUUUGAAUUCUGGAACUACAUUGAUUGUGGAUAGGUAUGCAUUCUCAGGUGUUGCCUUCACAGCUGCCAAGCCAGGGUUUGAUUUAGAGUGGUGUAAGCAGUCAGAUAUGGGAUUACCAAGGCCAGAUCUGGUGUUGUUCCUAACACUAGAUACUGAAGCAGCUGCGAAAAGGGGCACAUUUGGAGGCGAGCGUUAUGAACAAACAGAUUUUCAAAAUAAAGUUAUGGGCAAUUUUAAGAAACUGAAGGACCCCACAUGGAAGGAAAUUGAUGCUGAUCAGAGCAUUGAGGAUCUGCACAGACAAAUCUUGAACCUGGUAACACAAACAAUGUUAGCAGUGGAGGAGAAACCGAUAAAGAAACUAUGGAUGCCAGAAAAUGACAAAAUGGAAUAAAAACUGGAAAUCAUUGGAAAGAGUGAUCUUUACAUAAAUUGUCACUUCUCAUACAAUCCUAAAUGGAGAAAUGGACAGGAGGGGGACGGGACACAGAACCAUCACUGUAAUUCUCCACAUUUUUGGUAUAUAACUUUUGUUUAUUCUACAUACAUAUUAUCUGUGAUUUUUUAUGCUAAGAGCAUUUUCAAUGCUGUUCAGCGUGUUGCUAUCGCCCCUGGCCCCGAGUAUCAGUACUUCGUUUUCAUUGGUUCACAAAUCGAAAGUUUACUCCUACUCCAUCUGCCGGACAUUACCGUAAUCAUUGGAUUAUCGCCCCUAAAAGUUGCUGAUGCUAGUCAUUAAAUGAAACAACCUUAUCGACAUUUUCUUCAUUACUUGUUAGAAAAUGAUUUUGUUAGUGUUGAUUCUGUUUGUGAUAUUGCCCUUGAUUUGAGAAGACUAUGUAUACUUGGAUGAGGUUUACAUGUGGAAAUCCAAAUCAUCACUGAUAAUUGUGCCAACAAUCCUGACAUUCAUCUUCCGUGAUGGUCCUUGAUACCCUUUUCCCUUUAUAGUUCAUUGGUUGAAAGUCACAUGCGUAAGCACUGCUAGCGAAACCUUGUCAUUCCCGGUUGAUUGUAGUAAAAUAUUUUUGGGGACAUUUUUUGCCUUUAUUUUGACCGUUGGCGACCACCCACCAAUACAUUGCUUUAUGCUAUCAAACUUGGUUCCCUUGGCUUUACAUUUAAUCCAAAUUAAUCGAUGACACAUUUGCCUAAUUAACUAAUUAAAAACUAUGAAUGUUGAUUGUCACAAAACAUUAAAAAUAACUAAUUUUUUUAAACAAAAAGGAAAGUUUGAACCAUGAACCAAAUACCAAAACACUAAAACAGUAAGUAUGUAUUUUAACACAUUAUUGAUUUUUUAAGCAUUUUGUGUGAAAAAACGUCAAUUUUUUAUGAACAAAAAUGUCAUUUUGAAUAUCUUCCAUAUUCAGUCCAUUCAAAAUUGUUUACCAUGUAGAUAGCUUUAUCUCUUACCCUCACGCCACCCAAAGAUCGAAACAUCACCAUUUUUGCUUCUUUUUUUUUAUGUUGAUUAUUGACUUUGAUGUGUAUCACCCCAAUGACUUGUUGAACAAUAGUGGAUAUAGGAGACUACCCUGUUACACUCAAAACCUUAAUGUAUUUCCACUAUCAUGCAUACAAGUAAUGCUAACAUGUCAUUGAAUGACCAUAUCUGUCAAUUAUAAUAAGGAUAUUAAUUACUAUAUAUUAUAUGACCGAUAGUUACCUAAGUGCUUAUUUGUAAACAUAUGACUUCAGAGACUAUCAAUAGUACAUACCAGCUGUUGUAUUUGGCAGUUUUGAAAUCAGUUGCAUUUCCAACUCACAUGUAAAGAGGGGAUGUAUAGCUAUCAAUGAAAGUGUGCAAGUGUCUGACAGUCUGUAGACAUAUGUUAAGUGUCUGACGGUCUGUAGACAUAUGUUAAGUGUCUGACAGUCUGUAGACAUAUGUGAAAGUGUCUGGGUCUGUAGACAUGUGGAAAUGUCUGCAGUCUUUAGACAUAUGGAAGUGUCUGACAGUCUGUAGACAUGUGGAAGUGUCUGACAGUCUGUAGACAUGUGUAUAAGUGUCUGACAGUCUGUAGACGUGUAUAAGUUUCUGACAGUCUGUAGACGUGUUAAGUGUCUGACGGUCUGUAGACAUAUGUUAUAUGUUAAGUGUCUGACGGUCUGUAGACAUAUGUUAAGUGUCUGACAGUCUGUAGACAUAUGUGAAAGUGUCUGGGUCUGUAGACAUGUGGAAGUGUCUGCAGUCUGUAGACAUAUGGCAGUGUCUGACAGUCUGUAGACAUGUGGAAGUGUCUGACAGUCUGUAGACAUGUGUAUAAGUGUCUGACAGUCUGUAGACGUGUAUAAGUUUCUGACAGUCUGUAGACAUGUGUUAAGUGUCUGACGGUCUGUAGACAUAUGUUAUAUGUUAAGUGUCUGACAGUCUGUAGACAUAUGCUAAGUGUCUAACAGUCUGUAGACAUGUUAAGUUAAGUGUUAAGAGUGAGAUCAUGUGUUGGGUCAAAAAGUCAACAGCGAAGGCCACUACUAAGGUUACUAAUUAAAGAUAGAAUUAUAGUAUCAUAUUUUGGCUUCCAGAUGAUAACUUGUGAUAGGGUUGACCAAUAGUUUUGUAACUUGUUUAAUUAUGGGGCUGCUGCACCACCCCGUCUGGAUUUUGACUUCUCUUUAGAUCACUUUGAUUUACUCCAGUUGCCUCUUUGGCUUCAAAAUUCAGUCCCAUAGCAUCAUCGACAUGUUCUAGAAUGACAAAACAGCUGUAUGAUGAAGUUUAAUUCAUUGCUUGGUUGUACUGUAUCCUCAUGUGUAUACAAUCUUUAAAAGGUUUUUAAGCAAAAUAUGAGCCCUAAGGUUAUGAUCUGUUAUUAAUUCUUACAACAGAUGAUUUUGUUGUUUUAUAGGCACAUAUGUACGCAUUUUUUGUAUAUUUUGUUUUUAAUAUAAAAAUAAAAUGAAUAUUUAAAUUU